AUGCUUCCUGUAUUGUACUUUGAACGCGCCUGGGUAUUUACCCUAGGCCUUGCCGCCGCGGGCACCCUCGUCGCCGCCGGACCCUGCGACAUCUACGCUUCAGGCGGCACGCCCUGCAUCGCUGCGCACAGUACCACCCGUGCCUUGUACAGCGCCUACAGCGGGCGUCUCUACCAAGUAAAACGAGACUCGGACGGCAAAACGACCGACAUCUCGCCCCUUUUGGCCGGGCGCGUCGCCAAUGCCGCAGCCCAAGACUCCUUCUACGCCAAUACGACUUGUCUCAUCGCCAUUAUCUACAACCAGUCCGGCCGCAGUAACCAUCUCACCCAGGCUCCACCCGGCGGCUUCAAGGGUCCCAAAGCCAACGGCUACGACAACCUGGCCAGCGCGAUAGGCGCACCCAUUACAUUCAACGGCAAGAAGGCAUAUGGCGUCUUUAUCUCGCCCGGCACUGGCUACCGCAACGACACGGCCAGCAGCACAGCCAUAGGGGAUGCUACCGAGGGCAUAUACGGUAUCAUGGCCGAUCUCGAGAAUGGGCUCUUCUCGGGCGUCAACCCUAAGAAGAACACGGGCGACCUGUCGAUCUCGUACCGCUUUACCACGGCCGCCAUCAAGGGACGGCCCAACCAGUGGGCUAUCCGCGGCGCCAACGCCGCAUCCACCAGCUCCAUGUCGACCUUCUACAGCGGCGUGCGACCCAGCAACGGCUACAACCCGAUGCGUAAAGAAGGCGCCAUCAUCCUCGGCAUCGCCGGCGACAACAGCAUCAGCGCCCAGGGCACCUUCUACGAGGGCGCAAUGACCUCCGGGUACCCGUCCGACGCGACCGAGAACGCCGUGCAAGCCGACAUCGCGGCAGCCAAGUACGCCACUACCCCGCUAACCAGCGGCCCAGCCCUCACCAUCGGCUCGUCCAUCUCCCUGCGCGUCACUACAUCGGGCUACACCGACCGCUACAUCGCACACAACAGCUCCAACGGCAUCGUCACGGAGGCCGUCUCCUCUUCCUCUAGCACCACGCUGAAACAGCAAGCCACCUGGAUCGUGCGCUCGGCGCUCAAUGGCAGCGGCGGCAACAGCGGCUGCGUGUCGCUUGAGUCGAGGGACGUGGCGGGGCGGUACAUGCGGCACUACAACUUUGUGCUGCAGCUAGCGGCGGACGAUGGGACGAAGCAGAUGCGCAAGGACGCGACCUUUUGUCCGCAGGCGCCGCUCAACGGGCAGGGGAACCACUCGAUCCGGGCGUGGAAUUAUCCGACGCGGUAUCUGCGUCAUUAUGCGAAUGUUGCGUAUAUGGCGAGCAAUGGUGGGGUGCACGCCUUUGAUGCGGCGGCGAGCUUUACUGAGGAUGUGAGCUUUGCUGUUGGGGCCGGGUUUGCUUGAUCCCCUGUAGGAAUCCGUAGGAUAGCACAUCAUAGGACUGAUAGGAGCUAAGUACUAGUAGCAAGUACUGGGUUUGGAAAUCAGAGCUGAGACUGGAUGGGAAGUUGCCAAAAUGAAUGUACUGUACAUGUCUAGUGACGUGGCUUGUCCGCGAGACGUAUGGAUUAGAACAAUUCACGUGGUGGUCAACGGUCUCGACUUUCCUGCCAAG